UAAACAACGACUGACCCCGCGCCUGUGCAACUACAACUGACCACUGUACUCUGCGCUAGCGACAUGCGCCGGUAGCUAUCUGCUUGAACCUCCAAUACUCGAGAAGAACAGUCAUCUAGAUUGCAUCGUGUCUGCGCCGUUGUAAGAUGGUUGCAAUUACGAUGAGCGAAGCUCAUUCGACUAUAACCAUGAUUGCGAUCUUUGGCCUCUGCAACUGUCUCUCGACCGCUUCUCUACUCGCAUUUGUCUUGUACCACCGGUAUUACAAGAAAUGGAGUGUACUACAUUCACAAAACAUCACUCUCAUCACAAACCUCAUAUUCUCGGACUUCUUACAAUCCCUCGGAUUUUUGAUCGAGUUUCACUGGCUUCGCAUCGGCCAGGUGCAAACAGACAGUGCCGCCUGCUCAACGCAAGGACAUCUCAUCCAGAUGGGAGAUUUGGCAACAUCCAUGUUUGUCAUUCUCAUCGCCGCCAACACGGCUCUCCACUUUAUCAGACCAUCAAAUCCAAAUGUUCCCCAAGUAGCCUUACGCUGGGUCAUCUCGCUCGUCUGGCUCAGUGCACUGCUCAUGGCAGUUGUUCCACCAGCUUUCAAACCAGGCUUUUAUGGCAACGCUGGCGUCUGGUGCUGGAUCGCUGUCCAGUACUCUUGGGAAAAGCUCUACCUGCACUACAUCUUCCUUUUACUCGCCAUGGCCGUUUCUCUGAUCAUCUAUCCAUCGCUCGGCAUCUAUCUCAUUAUUCAGAGUCGCAAGACGGAUCGCAGCCGGAACAGUUCUAGCACGAGACUGUCAACAGUGGCCAAGACGAUGUUUUUAUAUCCCAUGAGUUAUGCACUUGGUACAAUGCCGCUCGCCAUCACACGCAUAAGAUCCAUGGCAGGACAAGUUCCUAAUCAUGGUAUGCUCAUGGGUGCGUGUAUCGUCUUUUCUAUGCUGGGUGGCAUCAACUGUCUCAUCUACAUCGGCACCCGCAAGCACAUCUUGGCGUCUCAGCAAGAAGAGAUUGCGCGACAGCAGGAGGUAGAGCUGCAGCGUCAUGCCAGUGCCUUACAAAAAAAGCUUGCACUGCUUGGCAGUAAUUAUGAUGAAUUCAAGGCUGAAGCGUAUUACCCAGGACUCGUCAUUGAUUUGGAAGAGACUGGGGCGGACAUCAAGCAAUCUGGCUUUGUCCGUGAACAAAGAGGAUCACAAGGAUCUUCUGUCAAGGAUGAAACGAGAGUGGCAGUCAAAGCCAUCAUGAUUGACGAUUUAGUCUAGCGUUGCAGUGAUUUUCUUAUUCCAACUACUU